AACCGCUUGGCCGCCCGCAUGCGCCGAUGUGCGGCUGUGGACCCGCCGGUGGGAGCAGUCGCCCGCGGGACUCUGGCGUGGUCUCCGGAUCCCGCGUGUGGCUCUCACUUUUCAGGGCGUGUCGGUGGGGCCGCUGGCUUCAGGGUCAGAGGGAGCGCAGUCCAGGCUUUGGUGGCUGCCUUCCAACCAGCGUUGCCCACUCUGCCGGCAGAAAAGACGAAAGACGUCUCCUAUGACUGAGCGUUGAGCUAAUAAGUGCCCAAAUCCCCGCCCGCCUUCCACGCCAUGCCCAGCUUGCCGGCAGGAGAGGCAUUGGAAGUCUGAUUGCCCCGCCAUCAGGACAGGCACCGCACCUCAACGUAGUGCCUCUCCUCAAAGGUCGGAAGGCUCCUUCCAACUCCUACACCUUGAGGAGGACUGACGGUGCCCACACUCGGAGACCCCGGUCACCCUCGCCGAGCCCAGGGGAACGCUACAGGUAGCGGAUUCUCUCAACAUUACCUGGACUCAUCAAGCAACAACUAACCAGAACCUCCAUAGAGGCACAUCAGUCGUGGGUAACCCUACUACCCCUUGCCCUUACCAGACUACAAGCGACACUGAGAAGCCCCACGGGCCUUAGUCCUUUUGAACUGGCAUACGGGCGCCCUCUCACGCCGCAAGAACUCCCUACUCUACCCACACCAUUAGCACCCUACCUGCCAUACCUUUCUCUUUUAAGACAAUCACUGACUUCCUCUUCAUAGAACCCUUAGCCACUCUUCUCCCCGACUCCUCACCUAAUCAGUUAGAAGACCUGGCCUGGCAAGAUACUCUCUGUGACUUUAGCCAUAAUGAGCGUACUUUCUGCACCUUUAUUAAUGUUAUCAUGUUUAACUGUAAUCCCAGUAACUCCUCUUACUACUCCUAACUUUCUGUGGAGAUUCUCUAUAACUGAGACUUGGACCACAAAUAACCAAGUUCAUUCAGUCAUGCAAGGUACUGCAGAUUGCCCCCCCGCAGGUUGCCAACAGGCCCUCUACUUAAACUUCACCCUAAGUUCCCUCACUCCAGGCUACCGCCCGGCCCUGUGCUUCCUAUAUGACCAGACCCACUAUAACUGCCGGAACUACUGGCAAGAGGCUAAUGUUGGGUGCCCCUACCCUUACUGUAACAUACAUCAAUUAGGUUGGACAGGUUGGGGUCCACAAAUGACAGCAAGCAUAUUUACCCAGGACGAAAAUACUAAAAAAUACAGACUUCUCAUCAAAGAUCCUUGGGAUUCCCGGUGGGCCAGCGGGGUAAAAGGCGGACUUUAUUCAACAGUCAGUUCCUCAUAUCCAACCGCAACCAUCCGGGUAAUUAGAACUUAUGUCCAACAGAUACAAUUCCCUAAAAAUGUGCAGGCUCUACAAAAUCUAACCACAGUCAUAAAACAACGUGAACAAAAACUACAGGAACAGUUAAACCCCCCAAACAACAAAGACCCGUUCUCAUGGUUGGCCCUUAUUCGUCUAGGACUUAAUCUAUCACAGGCAGCUGGACUGAAAAAUCUUUCCCAAUGCUUUCUCUGUGCUACUCUCGGCAAAGCCCCCUUUUUGGCAGUCCCCCUACCGGCCGCUUUCAAUACUACCAAUGACUCUACCAGCUCACUUCACUCAGCACCCCUGUCUCAGGUCCCCUUAUAUCAUAAUCCACAAAGUCUACCCCUUCCCUUCUGUUACUCCACUCCAAAUUCUUCAUGGUGCCAUCACACCCAAGCUCCCAAUAAAACCCAGAUGGCCCCCCUUGGCGGCUACUUCUGGUGUAACCAUACCUUAUCCAAAACUCUUAACCAUACCUCCCUCACCCAGUCUCUUUGCGUUCCAGUGUCCUUGGUACCCAGUUUAACCCUAUAUGGUAAAGGAGAACUGUCCGAACUAACUUCUCAGCUUACUAUUCCUAGCCAAAAAAUCCAAAAACGGGCUAUCUUUCUUCCAUUAGUUACCGGGCUUUCCUUAGCAUCCUCCCUAGUAGCCUCAGGACUUGGACCAGGAGACCUCGCCUACUCAAUUCAAUCCACACAGACCCUCUCCACUCAGCUCCAGGCAGCGAUAGACGCUUCAACUGAAAGCCUAGCCUCUUUACAGCGUCAGAUCACCUCAGUAGCUCAGGUAGCGGCACGAAAUAGGCGGGCAUUAGAUUUUCUUACUGCUGAAAAGGGAGGAACAUGCCUUUUCCUUGGAGAAGAAUGUUGCUACUACAUAAAUGAAUCAGGCCUAGUUGAAACCAGAAUUCAAAAAUUAAAGAAAAUCAGUAAAGAACUCCAAGAAUCUAACAGCCGUUUAGUACCCGGAACCCUGGUAUGGUUGCUUCCUUUCCUAAUCCCCAUACUAAUUCUCUGCAUUAUUUUAUGUUUUGCUGCCAUUUUUAUAAAAUUCCUCCGAGCCAGGGUGCAAGAAAAUUACUCGAGUUUCCUUCAAUCAAAUGCUCCUACACCCUUACACCCAACUGCCAACCUCGGACCCUAACUACGCCCCUUAACAGCAGGAAGCAGCCAGAGAGACAACUGCGCCCUAAAAUCUUAUAAUCAAUGAGAGGUUGGACUGUUUGGGUGAAGGAAUGGGCCAAGAUGGAGGAAAAAUGAACAAGAUGGCAUAGUCCCUGUUGCUUCCAGGUUCUUCACCACCAAUUUACCCGCGCCCGGGAAAGCACAAACCAACUGAGCAUGCGCCAAGUGACGUCAACCUGAAGAAAUUGAAACUUACCAUCCACGCCCGUGAAGACGCCCCCGUCCACCCACUGCCCUCCCCUUUCCCGUCGCAAGGCAUAAAAAUCUGUCCCCGGCGAGUGCCGGCGCGACUUCUCCAGCCGCGACUUCCCUGGCCCUCCCCACUUGCGGACCGGAGAACCUCGCCCGAGAGCGCGUGCAUAUUUGCAAGUAAAGGCUACCACUUUAUUUGAUUCCGGCCUCUUAUUAAUUGGGCUUUUAAUAAAACAAAACAAUCCCAGCACUUUGAAAGGCCGAGGUGGGCAGAUCACGUGAGGUCAGGAGU